UUCUUUUCUCAGACACCUGCAGAGUCAGUUAGCCGGACAGAGGGAUUAUACACUUUGCUGGAGACAAUACAAGGAAUUUAACAGCAGCAGCCAUGGUGGACGCAGCGGCAGCGGAGCAGUUCCUAGAUGCCAACCCGCAGUUCGCCAAGCAGUACUACGACACCAACUUCCGGCCUAAGAUCAUCGCAGACCUGUUGGACAACAACCGCAAGACGGCGGUGGAUGUCAGCAAGUUCCACGACCUGACGACGGUGGAGGAGAGCGAGAUCCUUUUCGACCUGGUGAGGGACAUCCAGGACAACCUGCACAUGGAGAAGUCUCUCUUCAACCUCAUGAAACACCUCAGCUUCAUGAUGAGGGCCGAGCGCAUGAGCCUCUUCAUGUACCGGCAGAGGAACGGAGUGGCCGAGAUGGCAACCAGGUUAUUUAAUGUCAAUAAAGACGCCGUGUUUGAUGACUGCCUGGUGCAACCUGACAGUGAGAUCGUGUACCCGCUGGAUAUCGGCAUUGUGGGUCACGUGGCAUCCAGCAAGAAGAUGGUCAACAUUCCUGAUGUGUCUGAGAGCCCUCAUUUCAGUGACUUUGUGGACGAGCUAACCGAGACCAAGACCAACAACGUCCUCGCCAUCCCUAUCAUGAACGGUAAAGAUAUGGUGGCCGUCAUGAUGGCCAUCAACAAGUUGGACGGGCCACGCUUCACUACGAAGGACGAAGAGACGCUAAAUAAGUAUCUCAACUUUGCCAACCUGAUCCUGAGAGUUUUCCACCUGAGCUACCUGCACAACUGUGAGACCAGGAGGGGACAGGUGUUGCUGUGGUCGGCCAGCAAGGUGUUUGAAGAGCUGACGGACAUAGAGAGGCAGUUCCACAAGGCCUUGUACACAGUCAGAGCUUUCCUCAACUGCGACCGCUACUCCGUGGGUCUACUGGACAUGACCAAGACCAAGGAGUUCUUCGACCUGUGGCCAAUUCUCAUGGGAGAAGUUCCACCUUAUGAUGGACCCAAAACUCCUGAUGGCAGGGAAAUUGUCUUCUACAAACUGAUCGACUACAUCCUGCACGGCAAAGAGGACAUCAAAGUCAUACCGAAUCCUCCGGCAGAUCACUGGGCCCUGAUCAGCGGCCUGCCAGUCUACGUAGCAGAGACCGGACUGAUUUGCAACAUAAUGAACGCAGCGGAAGAUGAUUUUUUCGAUUUCCAGAAAGAGCCUCUGGACAACUCCGGCUGGACCAUUAAGAACGUCCUGUCGAUGCCCAUCGUCAACAAAAAGGAAGAGAUCGUGGGUGUGGCCACGUUCUAUAACAGGAAGGAUGGGAAACCCUUUGAUGACAUGGACGAAACACUGAUGGAGUCCCUGGCCCAGUUCCUGGGCUGGUCAAUGCUGAACCCCGACACCUACGACAAGAUGAACAAGUUGGAGAACAGGAAGGACAUCUUCCAGGACAUGGUGAUGUACCAUGUCAAGUGUCGCAAAGAUGAAAUCCAGCACGUCCUGAAUACCCGGGAGAGAUGGGGGAAGGAACCGGACGAGUGCGAGGAGGAGGAGCUGGAAGAGAUUCUGUCGGAGGUCUUGCCAAACUCUAAGGUAUCUGAGAUCUUCGAGUUUCACUUCUACGACGCUCACCACACUGAACUGGAACUGGUGAAAUGCGGCAUCAAGAUGUACUACGAACUGAAAGUGGUCGACAAGUUCCACAUCCCCAGAGAGGCCCUGGUGAGGUUCAUAUACUCGCUCAGUAAAGGCUACAGGAGGAUCACCUACCACAACUGGAGGCACGGAUUCAACGUCGGACAGACCAUGUUCACCCUGCUAAUGACUGGUGACCUGAAGCGUUACUACACAGACCUGGAGUGCAUGGCCAUGGUGACCGCUGGCUUAUGCCACGAUAUUGACCACAGAGGAACCAACAACCUGUACCAGAUGAAGUCUGGUAAUCCUCUGGCGAAGCUUCACGGCUCCUCCAUCUUGGAAAGGCACCAUCUGGAGUUUGGCAAGACUCUGCUGAGAGAUGAAGCAUUGAACAUUUAUCAGAACCUGAACCGCCGUCAGCACGACCUUGUCAUCCACCUCAUGGACAUCGCAAUUAUCGCAACCGACUUGGCUCUCUACUUCAAGAAGAGAACGAUGUUUCAGAAGAUUGUGGACCAGUCCAAGACCUACGAGAACUGGAACGACUGGACCAAGUACAUGAUGCUGGAGACCACUCGCAAAGAGAUCGUCAUGGCCAUGAUGAUGACCGCCUGUGACCUGUCUGCCAUCGCCAAACCGUGGGAGGUUCAGAGCAAGGUGGCGCUGUCUGUGGCCGCAGAGUUCUGGGAGCAGGGAGACCUGGAGAGGACCGUCCUGGAGCAACAACCCAUUCCUAUGAUGGACAGAAACAAAGCCGCCGACCUGCCGAAGCUGCAGUGUGGUUUCAUCGACUUUGUUUGCGCUUUUGUGUAUAAGGAGUUCAGCCGUUUCCAUGUGGAGAUCACCCCCAUGCUGGACCGUCUGCUGAACAACAGGAAGGAGUGGAACGCCCUGAAGGAGGAGCACGAGGCCAAGCUGGCUGCCCUGGAGGAGGCGAAGAAGGGCAACGAGGGGCAAGUGCAAAACUCUGUGGCGGCCAAACAAGCAACGUCUGCAGGCCAGUCAUCACAAUCAAAGACUUGUAUUGUCAGCUAAAGAUGCUCCGACAUUACGAGGCUGCUUGCUAUGCAGUUGUGGUCCGGCACUGGGUUUUCCUGCAAAGUUCCUUCUGUUAUUUUUUUGGAUAUCUCACCUGAAAGCUUCAGUUCACUCAGAGAACAUCUCUCACUUUAAAACACCUGCUCCAAUUAUCUCCCGUGGCUGCGUUUAUGGGUAUUUGUCUCCUCAACUUUCUCCUCUUCUGCUUUCCUUCUGCACCGCUUCUUCCUGAUCGUUUCAGUGUUGAAUUAUUCAGUAGUUGCUCGCGGCUUGAUGGUGCGUUCAGGUGCUUGUGGGGAAGCUCCCAACAUCAGCUUACCCACAUGCAGAAACCUCACAUGUUCAAACCUGAGGGACCAACAAAAAGGAAACAUGGAUCUUCUCUUGCAUUGAAAAUGUUCCUGCUCAGAUGGCGACUUAAGUGUUGAAUGUUCAGCUACCUACAAGCCCUUUCAACCCACCGAAACAUUCACUGCGUAUACAGUGUUACCAUGCAAGUCUCUUUUAAUUGAUUAUAUUGAAUCCAGUAGCUCUCUAUGUUCUAUAGAAAACAUUCAGAUUACUGUUGAGCAGCUAAUGGGCUUAACAUUCAGUUAGUCCCUUUGAGAGUCAAUUCAAGUAUCGGUGAUGAUGUCUGGUCAAUCAAUGAAUUCUCUCCGGUGUCUCCUUAAAUGGACUUAAAUAUUCAGUAUGCAUGCUCUAAGAAGAUAUUUACAGAGCGGAAAUAUUUGAUUUUAAAACUAAUUUGGUUGAACUUCUUCUUUUAACAGCAAAAAACAUCUGCAGUCUGACAACGUGAGAGAAACGUUCUACAACCCUGAUACCAAAAAAAGUUUUAAAAGUAAAAUAUAAAUUUAUCCUGGAGGACAGAACGUGAACUUUGAACCCUUUUGAUUGAAAUAAUGUUUAUUGUUCAAUAAGAUGUCAAGAAGAUGAAAAUACUAAAGUAAAAAGAAAUAUCUAACCAGCUGUAGCAUCGAUGGUAUUUUGGUGUUUUCGGGUAUUCUGCUGGUGGAUCAUUGUGAUGCAGCAGAGUGACCCACUCAUGUCAAUACCGUCUGUAACUCAAAAUGUCAACAAUUAUUUUGUUCUACUUUUGGCUCAUGACAUUAUCUGCUCUGACACAUCAGUCUGUUUGUCUGUCUGCUAAUCUUAUUUGUCUACUCGCUGUCAGAGUUUCUAACUUUGUAACGCAAACAUGAAAAGAAACCGGAACACUGCUUGUGAACUAGAAGUAUGCACCAUAUGUAUCGUGUCGUUCUGUCAUUGGCUGUUUUUUCUGCUCUGCAUCAUUAAUCUUUGUACAAACUGCAGAUAAUCAGUUUAUGUAAAGUUGUUGUUCUGUGGACUCAUUUCUCGCUCAACAUACAAUGUGCGACUCUCCUGCAGUUAAUGAGAAAUGUGAAAUGCUUGUUUGCUCAGAUUAGUAAAGAUUUCCUGCUAU